CUCCCGAGCCCGCGCCGAGCCCGCGCUGGAGCCGGAGCCAGAGCGCGGGCAGCGCAGAGCGGGCGGCGGGAAGGCAGCGGUGUCCGGCGACCCGCCGCCCGGCUCAGUCCCUAAAAGACACAGGACCCGCCCGCCCAUCGGGGCCAGCGGGAGCGGGGAACCGCGCAGACAAGCACCGGCCGCCCGGCUCCGCCGUGAGCAGUCCGAGGUGAUCCCGGGAGGAGGGCGCGCCCACCGGAGGAGGUGCAGCCCCGCGCACUCCACACCGAGCUCACUUGUGUCUGGAGCCGCGGACGUACCAGGAGGCGACAACCCGGAGCCAGCGCGGACAGCGGGCCGACCUGUCCAGAAGGGAGCGCGGGAGCCGGGCAGAGCGGCCACGCGCCGAGCCAUGCGCGGGGCGCAAUAGCAGGAGGUGCGGGCUGCAUGGAGCGCGCUGGGGCGCAGGGACAGCGCGGUAGCCGGCGCCUGCAUGGGUUCCCGCUCGCUUUCCGGCUGGCGCUGCUGCUGGCUGGGUCGCCGUCGGGCCGCGCGGGGGCUCCCGAGGCGCAGGAGCCCGCGACGUCCGGCACCGUGGCCCCGGAGGGAGGCGAUCGCUGCCGCGGCUACUACGACGUGAUGGGCCAGUGGGACCCGCCCUUCAACUGCAGCUCGGGUGUCUACAGCUUCUGCUGCGGCACGUGCGGCUACCGCUUCUGCUGCCACGACGGCCCGCGCCGCCUGGACCAGAGCCGCUGCUCCAACUACGACACGCCGGCCUGGGUGCAGACUGGCCGGCCGCCCGCCCGCGCCCGUGACAGUGCCGCCCCGCGCGAUCCGGGCCGCGAGCGCAGCCACACUGCGGUCUACGCGGUGUGCGGUGUCGCCGCGCUACUCGUGCUGGUUGGCAUCGGGGCACGCCUGGGCCUGGAGAGAGCGCACAGUCCGCGCGCUCGGCGCACGGUGACCAGGACACUGACAGAACUUCUCAAACAGCCAAGCCCCCAGGAACCACUGCCUCCGCCUCUGGGUCCAGCCCUGGGUAACUGUGUCCAGGUACAAAUGGGUGAUGGUGUUCUUCGGGGCUCCUCCCACAACAGCACAGACAAGAAACGCCUCAAUAAUGCGCCUCUGGGAUCUGCCACCCCGGGACCCCCACGCGGCCCCCGGCUGCAGGGUGGUGGCAGCCUGACGUUGCAGCCAGACUAUGCCAAGUUCGCUACUCUCAAAGCAGCAGCCCUCAAGGCCACAGAGGCUGCACCCCAGGACUUCUAUCAACGUUUUCCCUCUACUGAGCCGGUUCCACGGACCCUCCCUGCGCGGACCCCGCGUCCUCCGGAGGACUUGCCUGCGCUGCUAGAUGCCUGCCCCUGGGCCCCUCCGGGCUAUGUACCUCCUGCUGGCCCCGCCUCCUCGCUCCCCUAUGCGGCCUGGACCGCGGGCCGCCCCACGCGGCUGGUCCCCCGUGGCCACUUGGUGGCUCAGGUCUCCCCUGCGCCCCGGCGCCCCAGCCACGUGCCGCGCCGUCAGUUCAGCGUGGAGAAGCUGCCCGAGGCCUUCAGCGCGCAGCCUGCCACCUUUUACAGCAGCGCGGGCAGAGGGCCCCGGCACUUGAGCACCAACAGCAAAGCUGAGGUCACUGUCUGAAGGGUAACCACUGGAGCCUUCUGCAGGGUCCCGGGCCGUGGCCGUGUUGGCUUUAAUUCAAAUGGGACUGGGGACAUUUGGAGCCUGUGGCUAAGGGGGCCAAAAGGGUAGGGCCAGGUGUUCUGUCCUUGGGAAUGUAGGGCUAUCUUUACUUGUGUAAAUAAACCCUCUAAUGUA